UACAAAUAUAAAUAUAUACAGCGCGGUUGGUACUGCACUAUAAAGUUGGCGCAAAUAUUUCGCCCAUAUUAUUUGGUGCGAUAGCGUGCAGCUUUAGAGGCCGAAUCCCAAAUCCUUCCUUUUGAUGCACUUUCUAGGGCGCUGGAGGAGUGCACUCGGCGCGUUGGAGUGCACUUUGUGUAGUGGGAGACGGUGUGAUUUGGGAUCGCGCCAUUUGUCUCUGCUGGCCAGAGGAACUGCUAAGUAUCGCUAGCGCUUGGGUAGAACCGAGAGCCCGGUUCCGAGUUUCAUCGCCACCCCGGGGUUAAUGGCUCGUUUUAGAUCCACCUUGUGACGAAAAUUCUGGAUUUCUCAGCUCGGGGCGAUACGGGUUCAUGUCUUUCAGUUGACAGCGCCAGAUUUUUUGGGACGUUUUUAAUUCCACACAGAUCUUCUGGGUCCUCAUGCGGCCCCGCAGAGGUUUAGUGCAGCCGACAAGCUGAGGAGCUCCGGUACCUGGAACCGAGACUCACCGGACCUGAUAGACACACGCAGACACACACAGAGACUGAGAGACUGACGUGCAUAGAUUUCACUGGAACCCGAUAGCCACUCUGUUGCCAUGUCGACCUCAUCGCUAAGGCGACAAGUGAAGAAUAUUGUUCACAAUUACUCUGAAGCGGAGAUUAAGGUCAGGGAAGCAACUUCCAAUGACCCCUGGGGUCCAUCAAGUUCUCUGAUGUCAGAGAUUGCAGAUCUGACAUAUAACGUAGUGGCCUUCUCAGAAAUCAUGAGCAUGGUGUGGAAGAGACUCAAUGACCAUGGGAAGAACUGGAGGCACGUGUAUAAGGCUAUGACUCUUAUGGAGUAUCUGAUUAAGACGGGUUCAGAACGAGUGGCGCAGCAAUGCAGGGAAAACAUCUACGCUGUCCAGACACUCAAAGACUUCCAGUACAUCGACAGAGACGGAAAAGACCAGGGUGUGAAUGUAAGAGAGAAAGCCAAGCAGCUGGUGACACUUUUGAAAGACGAGGAACGUCUACGGGAAGAGAGGGUCCACGCACUCAAGACCAAAGAGAAGAUGGCACAGACCUCAAGUGCGUCUUCGGCUCCCUCGGCUCCUACUUUAGGACUGCACUCGGGUUCAGAAGCGGAGCAGGCGUGGCCGCAGAGCUCAGGGGAGGAGGACCUCCAGCUGCAGCUGGCACUGGCCAUGAGCAAGGAAGAGGCGGAGCAGACUAGUGCUGACCCUCUGGAGGAUGCAGAACUCCGCUACGCGCUCACGAUCAGCCAGGAGGCUCACCAAGAGGAGGAGCGUCUGCGAAGAGGGGACGAUCUCAGGCUGCAGAUGGCCAUCGAGGAGAGCAAGAGGGAGAAAACCAAACCUGAAGAGUCCUCCCUGAUGGAGUUGAGUGCUGUAGAUCCAUGGGGCGCUUCAGCAGCUCCAGGCUCCACUGGUCCAUCUCCUCCUCCAUCCGUCACCCCUGCCCCUUCAGCAGGACCAUGGGGCCACAGUGACCCCUGGGGGGCAGUGUCCCCUGCCUCACCCCCUAGCACUGACCCAUGGGGGGGAGGGCCAUCUACAGUAGCCCCUCCACCAGACCCAUGGGGUGAAUCUGCUGCAGUGAAUUCGGACCCCUGGGCCUCUACAGCCGUCACUCCUCCCAGUAAAGACCCCUGGGCUUCAUCAGUGCCUGCGGCCCCAUCCUCUCUCUCAGGGUCGUCCGAUCCCUGGACUGGGGAAGGGGUUGCCCCUGCAAGUGAUGCUCUGACCUCUGACCCCUGGAGUGGUUCUACUAGACAGACAAAUGGCACAGGAGAUCCAGAGAGGAGAGGCUCCUCAGUAACGGGCAGUGAUGCAGGCGGUGGAGGAAGCACAGGCUCUCCAGUGCCGUUUGAUCUCUCGUCGCUCGGCUCCUCUCUGCCGGUUCGGAAAACGCCGGAGUCGUUCCUAGGGCCUAACGCAGCGCUGGUGGAUUUGGACUCCCUCGUAUCAUCAAAACCCAAACCCAGACAGACCCCUCCCACCGUGACUUCAUCCCACAACCCUUUUCUUCAGUCACAGAGCCCCUCACCUGCACCAGGUAUGGCAGUGACUCCAGGCAGCACCAUUUCCAGCAGGGGCGUGUCACCAACGCCAGCUUCAUCUUCGAACCCGUUUGGAGUGACCCCAAUGGCCUCCAUUUCCCCUCAACCUUCCUCACUUGGUCUAAGCCAGCUACGUACCAGUCCUGUCCCUCCUAACCCUAUGAUGACCCAGAUGCCUACAAUUGGAAUUCAGCCUGGGAUGAGCAUGCCAGGAAUGGGGGUCCCUAUGGUGGCCCCCGGCAUGAGCAUGGGAAUGGUACAGUCUAGUCCGAUGGGAAUGCCUUUUGGUGGAAUUUCUCCCAUGGGCAUUGCAGGAAACUCCAUGCUGAUGGGCUCGGCGGGAGUCCCUCAGCCGGCGCUAGUUCUGGGCGGUCCGUCAGGAGUGGGCGGGGUUAUGGGGGCCGGAGGAUCUGUGACAGAGGGUGGGGCUACAGGUGCAAGCACCAAUCCGUUUCUUCUCUGAGAAAUUUUCACGGCUCCUCUCUUUGACCUUACCACUUGAAAAACUGCCCAAUCAACCACACAGUGUGCCACAUGAGAACUUGUGGGUACAUCAUUAUAUUUAAAGCAUUUCAGAUUUCACUUUAUUCCAUUUCAAUUUGCUUUUUUUUUUAAUAAUGGUAAUGGGGAGAGAUAAAGAUUUGUUUAAUUUUAGUUCUUUUCAUUAACGUGUUUUUUUUUUUUUUUCGGGCAGAGGGGUGGGAUUGACCUGCACAUGCAUGAUCGAGGAGGGGUCAUUCAGUCAGCGCUGUUGUGUAAAAUGUAAUUCUUUUAUUGCACAGAAAAUCAGAGAGCUGAAUGGCCGAAGAAUAAGGGAGAGAAAGUACGCCACUAAUAAACUGAUAGAUUUGAAUCACCCACACCUCCCUACCGUAGACAGGAAGUAAUAGAGGAAUACACACGGAGUGUGCAUGAAGGAAGCGCUUAAACUCCCAAUGCUUUGGACUGAGAUCGAAUCUUCUUUGCAUUUCAGCCACAUCUCUGAUCAAACCGGGUGUAUUACUUUUAAUUUAAUUCAACGUGUAAUUUUUUUUUUUUUUCCUUUGGUUUCUAAUUUAUUAUCGAUUUUCUUGAUUUUGAAAUGCAGCCAUUGAUUGCGACGCCUGGUUUAACCUGCUUUACUCUGUGACAUUUCAUUGCAGACUGAUGAAGUAAUGCUUCUGCACCUGUGGGUUGACACAGAAAGGUCGUAUGCGAGCGCGUGUCAUGUCUGUCCACGUACCCUAACGCUGUGUUUAUUACAUGAAACCGCCUCGGGGGGAGGGUGGGGGGGAGGGGAUUUUGCGUCUGCAUUACAGUGACACUUUUCAGUGCUUGUCCACAAAAGCAUCUGUAUUUAGUGUUGAUGUCCUUUUAUUCAUUUCCUUUCACAGUUUUAUUUUUUAUUUUUUGGUUGUUGUGACUUGAAGCAUUACUGUCACAUGGGACACAAGAUUUUAUUCUCACAUUUCACCAAAAACGCUUCUAAAAUCGUGACCUGGAUGAAAUCUUUCUAAAAAUUUAAAUGGUAAAAAAAAAAAAAAAAAAGGGGGCGACUGAAUAACAAUCCAUGCUGUUAUUCUUAAUUUACUUUUGAUGAAUUAUUUUAUAUAUGAAGAUAUCUCUUAUACUGGGUAAGCUAAAAGAUUAUGGUGUUGACUGUGAAAUUCACAUUUCAAAAAAUGGAGGAGGAAAAAAAAUAAAUGUAAAAAAAAAAAAAUGAUAAAAAUUAAA